AUGCUGUCGUAUCGAACCUACAACUCUGAGGACCAUCGGCACCGUGUCCUGAUCGAUAGUAAAUGGUACCGCUGCCGGCAAGGGCAUGAGCUGCGCACGCUGGGUUUGCCAUAUUUGGGGGUGACCUGCAGCCUUUGUGGUCGUGUCCUACCUCCCGGCAGUUGCCUUCAUAGCUGUCCGCUGUGUUCAUGGGAUGCAUGCACGGAUUGCUUGCAACGACCAGACUCAGCGCGGAGUUUACAGCUCCUCCCUGAUUGCCCCAUCUGUGGAGACCCCAUGGAGUGGAGUGACUAUCGAGGGGGCCACUACACAAACGGCUGGGCUUGCAACAACAAGUGCGGCUCUAGGCGAUUAAACUCCGGUUUGUGGAGAUGGUUCUGCCUGAAAUGCGGUGCGGAUGUAUGUGACCAAUGUCACCGUCACAAGGUGCAUCGAGAGAGAGAAGGCGGUUUGCGAGAGAGCCCCCGAAGCUUGGAGAUUGGUGUUCAAUUUCUCGAGCUUUGUAAAGACCAUCAGUGGGAGAAGGUGAAGAAGAUCCUGUCUGAGCGGCCGAACCUGGUGAACUGCGAAGUUGAAGGACGCUGGUCGGCUCUCCACUAUGCAGCGAGAGCUGGUCAUCCACAGAUGGUGCAGUUCCUGCUGGACCUCAGCGCUGACGCUACCAGCUUUGCCGGUGAUGGCAAGACUCCCUUGGAGGUGGCCAAGGAGCACGACAUUCGAAGUCUGCUGAUGCGUUCCUCCUUUCUGCAGCCGGCCAUGACCAUCUUCGAGCACUACGAUGCUGAAGGGACUGGCGCCAUUGAUGGGAUGGAGCUGGGCUGGGUGAUCAAAUCGGUGCAGCCGGAGCUCUCGGAUGCCGAGGUGCAGGAGAUGUUCGCAAGCUGUGACACCAAUCACAACGGUGAGAUUGACUUCAUCGAGUUUGUGAUGUGGUUGUUUGCUGGGCGUGGCAAGACCUUUGCACAGGACAUUUUGGCCAGUGCGAAGAACUUGAGCAGUAGCAGUGGGGUUGGAAAGCGUGCUAUGCAGCUGAAAGCAGUGUUGGCUGCCCGCGCUGGCCUGGAUCCAUCUGUAUAUACGAAUCCGGACUUCGCCUCCAUGCCGAAGAUGGCCCACCAUCCACCGCGGGACGAAAAGUUGCUGAGCUGCGUUGAGUACGUGGAACUGAUCCUCGGUUGGAUUCCAGGCCUUGCUUUGGUGGAUGAGACCAUGAAGGAGGUCCAGCGGAUUGCUGAUCAGAGGAAUGAGUCCUCACAAGGCAUCGAGAUGCAGCAUCCGGAGAUGGUUUGUGCCAUCGUGAUGUGGACCUUUGACCCCGUUCUCAUCACGGGCGACCAGACAUAUCCCAAGGAGCAAACCUUCCAACAUUUGGUGAACAGGCUCGUGGACCAGCGCGACACAGAGUUCUUCUAUGCCAGCAGAGGGUUCUUCUACUACUUCAUGACUGCUCUUGACAAGCUUCCUCCUGCUAGCGGUAUGGUUUACCAAGGUAUUCCCCGCAAGGACGUUACUGCAGCACGGGAGGCCUUGGUGGAAGGCACCACAGUGACGUGGCGCUCCUUCACUACAGCCUUGCAGCUGUGGGGGAACAUGAUCCCCUACGAGCGCGGCUUGGUCCUGCAGAUCACCUUGCUGCCGCCGGAGCUGCGUGCCAAGGGCAUGCGCUUCGAGUCGAAGGGCCGAGACAUCAGCAAACUCUCCGCCUUCUCGGGCUCCUGCGAAGUCCUCCUCAUGCCAAACAUGCGCAUGCACGUUGGUCCAGAAGUGCAGAAGAAGGGCAUCGCCGUGAUCGAGCUGACAGAGUUGGAAGAAGAUACCGCUACCACACUGAACGCUGAAGACUUCGAGUGA